AACUCUUAAAAUUUCCGGUUAAAAAUAAAAAAUGGCAGCCUCCAUGUCCUGUAAAAAUGUUUUUCUAAAGAUUUCGUCUGCUUCAAGACGCAAUUUGAAAAGAAGUUAUUGUCAGUCAACAAAUUUAACAAAUGCUGAAGUACGAAGGAAGAGAAAUGAGAUUUUUGAAACAGAGAAAAAACGUCAGUUAGGUUUGAUUACUCGAAUGGAGAAGAUACAAGUUGAUGUGAAGGGACCACCAGAGGACUGUACUUUAAUCAUGAAUAAAGGAAUAUCUACACCGUUUAAUUGUUCUAUGCAUAUUCAAGAAUUAUUGGUGAAUAGAUCAGCAUUAGCGUUAGUUAAUGGUGAACCAUGGGAUAUGCAUCGGCCAUUAAAAGAAGAUUGUUCCAUUGAAUUUCUACAUUUUUUAGACGAGGAUCCACGAAUUGUUAAUAAAGCGUUCUGGAGAUCAUGCUGUUUAGUUCUUGGUCAUGUUCUAGAGACAGCCUUACAGAAUCAAUAUUAUGUAGAGUUAUGUAGUUUUCCUAAACCUCACUUACAGAGUGGUAGUUUUGUUUAUGAUGCAGACUUAAAAUUAAAAGAUUGGAAACCUACUACGGCUGAAUUGAAUUGUUUAACGAGAGUAGGAUAUAAAUUACAUCAUUUAGAUUUCAAAUUUGAACGUCUGGAAGUCGAUGCAUCUGUAGCUCUUGACAUGUUUAAAGAUAAUCACUUUAAAUCACAACAAAUACCAUAUAUAGCUGAAUCAUCAGGGUCAAAGGUCGUGGUGUAUCGUGUUGGGGAUCAUGUUGAUAUAAGUUCAGGUCCGUGUAUUGCCAGCACCAAUCAGAUUGGACGAUUUAACGUCACAGCCGCUCAUCAAAUAGAUACACCAGAUUAUGGUAAAUUAUACAGAGUUCAGGGCCUGGGUUUACCAUCACAAGUAAUGAUGCAUUAUUGGAGUUAUGAUAUUUUACGGAGAAGAGCAGGGAAAUUUAAUACUGCACCACUUCCUAGAUUAAACAUGGAAUCAUCACCACACACAGAUGAUAAUACAGAAAUAUCCACGUAGAAUUCAGUCCUGAUCUGUUUGUGGCAGAUAUUUUCAUUAGUAUAAGUCAUUUGUUUAUAAGUGAAUGAUAUCAACUUUACAGUGUUAUCAGACAGAGUUUGGCCAAAAUCUGGACUGUGUGCAGGACUAAGAAACUGUAAAUGUAAUCCUUGAGUGGCAUUUAGCGAUUGAGCACAUUAAAACACACAGCACACUUUAUAUGGAAAACAAUCACUGGUUUAUACACAUAUAGCACGACGUUUCUAAGCACAUUUGUCGAAACAUUGUGCUAUAUGUGUAUAAACCAGUGAUUGUUUUCCUUAUAAAUUGUGUUGUGUUUUUUUUUUACUGAGAUGCUCAGAUCUAAACCAAUUUCCUUGUGAUAUUUAGCAAUGGGAAGACAAUUCAGGUUAAAAUGGCUGGAAAUAUUGUCAACCAAACUCAUCCACCAAUAGUAUAGAACUGUGAAAUAUUAAAGUAAUGAUGCAUGAAUUGUAAGUGCAUAAAGUAGCUGAUUUAUCAAACAAGAGAUCUAAUUUAUUCAAUAUGUUUUCUACAGCUUCCCUCAUUCUUAUUAUAAGUAAAUAAUUUCAAUAAUGUGUCUAAUUUAAAAUAUGUAGAUAUUUUCAAAGAGAAAAUAAAAUGUGUAAUAUUG